AAAUUCCAUAAAAAAUGAAAAAAUGGCUUUAUAAAAAGCCAUUUGUAAGAAGUUGGGUAGAUCUACAUCGCAUUCACUAAUAAUAAUCAGUAGUGUGAGUGUGUGACUUAUUUAUAAACCUACUACUUCACUCCAAUUUCAUAUCAUUCAACACCAAACACCUCUCGCCUCUUCUUUUUCUACUACUCCGUUUUUUCGCAUCCAUCAAUCAAUCAAUAAUAAUGGCGUUGGAAGGUGUUCUUCUUGGUAUGGGUAACCCUCUUCUCGACAUUUCUGCUGUCGUCGACGAAGAUUUCUUGAAAAAGUUCGAUAUCCAGUUGAACAAUGCCAUUCUCGCUGAGGAUAAACACAAAUCUAUGUACGAUGAAAUGGCUGCCAAGUUUAAUGUUGAGUACAUUGCUGGAGGUGCUACUCAGAAUUCAAUCAGGGUUGCUCAGUGGCUGCUUCAAGUUCCUGGGGCAACUAGUUACAUUGGUUGCAUAGGAAAGGACAAGUUUGGUCAGGAGAUGACCAAGAACUCUAAAGACGCUGGUGUAAAUGUUCACUAUUAUGAAGAUGAAAAUACACCUACAGGAACUUGUGCUGUUUGUGUGGUUGGUGGUGAAAGGUCACUUAUUGCCAACUUAUCAGCUGCAAAUUGCUACAAGGUUGAUCAUUUGAAGAAACCUGAAAAUUGGGCAUUAGUUGAAAAGGCCAAAUAUUUCUAUAUUGCUGGCUUUUUCCUCACCGUAUCGCCUGAAUCCAUACAACUAGUUGCCGAACAUGCAGCUGCAAAAAACAAGGUCUUCCUGAUGAACCUUUCUGCACCCUUUAUCUGUGAGUUCUUCAAGGAUGCACAAGAGAAAGCUUUGCCGUAUAUUGACUAUGUUUUUGGAAACGAGACUGAAGCAAGAACAUUUUCCAAGGUUCAUGGCUGGGAGACUGAUAAUGUCGAGGAGAUCGCUAUAAAGAUAUCCCAGUGGCCAAAGGCAUCAGGAACACACAAAAGGAUUACCGUUAUCACACAGGGUGCUGAUCCCGUGUGUGUUGCUCAAGAUGGGAAAGUGACAUUGUACCCUGUAAUACUAUUACCUAAAGAGAAAUUAGUUGAUACAAAUGGAGCAGGAGAUGCCUUUGUUGGGGGAUUUCUUGCACAAUUGGUUCAGGAGAAGCCUAUUGCAGAAUGUGUGAGAGCUGGAUGUUAUGCAGCAAAUGUUAUCAUCCAAAGGUCUGGCUGCACUUACCCAGAGAAGCCUGAUUUUCAUUGAGUGAUUCACCCAGUUCCAUUAUUAUCAAUGUUAUGAAGUUUUGAUUAUUGAGAACGAUUUUAGUUGCAUUUUAAUAGUUGUGCACUCUAACUGGUUUGGGAUUUUUUGUAAAUCCCCGACUCGGGAGAAGGGGUGAGAGUUUCUAAGGGAGACAACUGAAAUAAGUUCUGUAUUUGAAGUCCUAUAUGGGCAUCAUUUUUUCUUUUUGCUGUUUGUUAUCACAAGUGUUUUUUUUUUCUUUCUUUUUUUGGUUACAAUUAGCUAACGUUGCUAUAAGAUGUUGCUAUGAAAUUAGCCAAUGUUGCUUU